GUUAUGUUACAAAUGGUUUUGUUACUGAAGAUAAGAAAGGUGACACUGCCUUGAGAGCUCUAUUCUCUUUAUCUCCCUAUAAAUCCUUCGCAUUGAACCUGUGAUUUUCCUUGUGUCUCUGUUUUAUACUUACCUGUAUCCUAAAUUCAGCUGGGCCUUGGUUUGGUUACUUCCUGCCUGGGGAGGGAACUGACUUCUACAUUUGAAAAGCUGUAGAAACAAAGCCUUUUAAAACAUAUUCUCCUCUGUGAGCCUAGCUGCCUCACAGCAACAAGGUCCUGGGCAAGUCUGAAAGCUUGCAGGUGAAGAAACCACUUGCCUUUUGAUUGGUGAAGGAAUUUCCAAGUGAAUCAUAGAAUUGAUCAAAUAUUCAGAAAUACCACAUGCUGUGCGUAUCCUGUGGAAUAUGUUUCGUUUGAUAGAAUGUGAUGGAUAUCUAGAAUCCAUCUGUUUUUUUCAAAAGGGUCACACAGCAUUUUAGUUCUUUUCAUUAAAAUGCAGAAGUCUGGUGUGUUUGCAUGAACUAAAACAACUCCAAACCCAGUGCUGCAGUAAGCAUGUUAACCUGGUUUUCUGCAGGCUUUUAAAAUACACACUUUGAUCCUUAUACCUGCAGAUGAUUCGAAGUGAGAAAACCCAGUCCUUUAUUUUCACAUAUUUGGGAGUAAUGGCUCUCAAAAUUUUGAAUUGUGAAGAGAAUACGGAUCUGGAAGGAUCUGAGGAAAAGGAAGUUGGGGGUUGUAAAAGAUAAAGGCCGGGAUUGACCUGGGCAGGGUCUAGGCAAUGUGUGAGCCAAUGGCACUUCAUAGAAAAGCUGUCUAAGAUGGGGCCUUGUUGCUACUGGCUGGAGUCAAGUCCUGUUAACCAGGUUAAUUUAGAACAGGCUGAAGGAACAGUAUUUAAAUUUGUCCCUAUUAUUGAGGAGAUUCUCUAUUUUUUGUGGCAGGUGCUUCACAGGUAACUCAAUGCUACAAAAAUUACAUAUAAAAAGGAGAUAAAGCAGUGCAAACACAGAGAAGAACAUAAUUAAUUAAUGUGUGUUAUAGUAUCAAUACUGGCAUUUGCUGUUGUAAGUAACUGAUUUAUAUUGUAAAAACUAUGUGUAUUGGAUUAAAGGGGAAAACACCCACCCAAACAGAGCUCCAUUGGUAGCAAAAUUUGUUGGCUCAGCUCUGAAAGCACAACUCCUUAUACACCUGGAGACAGCGCCAAUAUAAUUUCUUUUGUUUAGCUUUUCUCAAUUUCAUCUUCAAUAUAGUAAGAAUUAUCGACAGUGGAUAACAGGUGGCUUGACAGGAACUGAGAGUCAAAAUGAUUUCCCAGCCACAGGCUCUGCCAGGAUUUUGCUAAUUCCUUACUGUAUGUGCUGGCUUUCUCAUCUUUACCAAGAACAGCAACAGGAUUCUAUUGAUUCAAAUACCUGAAGCACCAGCUAUUAUGCUGCUCCUAAAAUCUUAGCUUACAUGGUUUGAAUAGGAAUUGUUGGCAUUCAGCAACAGUGAAACAAAUACAAAAAAGACACUGAAAAGGCAAAGCCUGCUGUGACUCUGCUCAACUAUUACCGGGAAACUUAGUUCUUUGUGAGCAAAGCCAGCCCUGCCUGGUAACCAUUGCUCUGCAGGGAGCUAGCUGCAUUCAGGCUGGAAGGGGUUACUUCACGAAACCCUCCCUCAUCAUCUGCCUGCAGCAUGUUACCGAGCUGUCAGCAUGUGUGAAUGAAUCCUAACCGGAAGGCAAACGUUUCAGCCAACUCGGUAAAAAGUAAUUUUAAUUUCUUCACCAGCUUGCAUGUUUUCUGUAGCAACAGUUAAGUGUUUUGCCUGCAAGCAAGAGAUGUAUCAGGAAUAGAGUUCUGACAUUGUAGCAACUGUAUUACAGGAAAACAGAACGCCGCAAUGAUUAGAAAUCCUGAUCUGCACUCCUUCGUGUGUUGUGCUACAUGUUCAAAAAUAGUACCACCGCCACCUUCCAACGCUACUUUUGAUCGGAUUCGGGAGUAUAAGCCUUUCAUAACACGGUAUUACACUCAUCAUGAUAUACUGGAGAUUGGAGCACAUGUUGAACAAGAAAAACAUGAAAAGAAGGAGGCAGAGGCUGAAACACUCAAGGAAGAUGCAGUGGAAAAAGUCCUCAACGAGGCAGCCGCUAAACACAGUGCAUUUGUACACGACCUUCAAAAAAACUUUGAAAAGAAAUUGAAGGAAGAGGUGAUGAAGGCAAAGGCAGAAAUGCAGCGGUACAUGGAAGAACAGCAGAAGAGAGAGGCAGAAGCUGCAGAGCAACGCAUGGCUCACAGACUUCAGAGGAUCCUCAUAGAGUGUGCCCAGGACAAGACACGAGCUGUGGCCAAAGCCAGAAAACAGGAGAGGGAGGCAGCCUUUCAGGAAGCAGCCACUCUGCGCAGAAUGUGCUCAGAACAACUUAAAGAAGAAAUUAGGUUAGCUGAGGAGCAAUAUCAUAGGAGUAUAGAGCAAUUAAAAAAAGAAAAAGAUCGUGAGAUUCAUAUUGUCCGGAGUAUCAUACAAAAAGAGAGUGAGACUGAGACUGAAAAACAGCCUGAAAAAGCAGAGACUUUACAGGUUGGUGAGCUGGAAAAAGUUACAGUUAUGCUGAAAGCAGCAGAAGAACAGAUAAAGACUCUCACACAAGAACUAGAAAAGGUGACAGAAUGGAAGGACAUCCUGGAAAAUGAAAUACAAGCAACAAGACAAACCUUUCAAAAGUAUAUUGAUGCCACAUUUCCUAGCCUGUCCCUUGGACAAGCAGAUUUUAUUUUGCCAUUCAGGGAAGCAUUUCAGCAGAAGGACACACCAGAAGCAUCAGAGAACAGUGACAGUAUAGGAGAACUAGUAUCCAAAGUGUGAGGUUCACAGCCAUGUGUAAACAGAACUACAAACAGGCAAUGCUGAAAAAUAAAGUCAUCUGCUCAUUGUAUUGCAUUAUUGUGGUUAGAAUGCUACAGAGAAAAAUGACUAUCACUGUAUUAAAUAAUUGGUGAGCCAUGCUGAGAAAUUAUCCAUUAAUUUUUGUUUUGCAAAUGCUAGGGCAGAGGUUGAAACAUGUAACACUUGAGGAGCUUCCCACUGAGUCCUUCUUGAGAAGGAAAAAGGCAGAAAAAUCUAAGCAGAAAAUCUCAGUUAACCACGAGCGCUUGGACUUUGAGGACUGUUGACUCUGCCCCUGAAUAGUCAGGUGUGGAAUAAGACACACAGGCUUUGAACAACCUCACCUCAGGUUCUGAGAUUUACAGGGUGGUUAUUCAAUGCAAUGGUGUGUAUGUCUAUGUAAAGUCCCUGAAAGUGAGUGGCUACAUGAUCUGAAAACUCACCUGGCUUGAGAGACAGCUUUUGAGCAAAAAGUGUGUGCCAGCAGGCAUGCAAAAUAAUUUUCCCUUGGGAGGACUCAGGUUUAUCUAUUUACACGUGCUUGAAGCCUGCAUGGCUUUAGGCCAGCCUCAGUACACUGAUUUGUUCCAAGAUUCUGCCUGCCUAAACAGCAGAUUUGCCUUCACUGUGUAAUAAGACUUCCCACAGCAUUUGCUUAAUAUUCACUAAAGCUUUAUGUCUGUCUUGUUACCUGUUCAUCUAAAACCACUGCACAGCAUCUUGAGUGUAGCUGAAGAAUGUAAAGGAGCUGGUAUUUACUGUAGGUGAUAGAAAGUAUAAUAUGGUGAAGGAACCUGUCUAUAGGUAUCUCAUUUAAAAGAUUUUUUAAGAGAGCAGUCUGUGCAACCAUCUUUUCCUCAUGCUCAAAAACAACCCCAGAAAACCAAAAAGCAGAAUAAUCUCAUAGGUAUCCAUCACUCUACCAAACUAAGAAGUGAAGACAAGUGAAGUCACUGGUUUCUUGUGAAACAGUUUAAUUCAUAUAAAAUAUUUUGAGCAGAUAUUUGGCAGGCUCUGGCACUAUUUCUGACCUAAAUACCUGUAAAACCUUACUCCACUGAAUUGUGGAAGCUCUUGCUGUGGAGAGCUGAUGCUCGCUGUUCAUUUUCCCUCUUAAGUUUGCAAUGAAAAGAACCCAAACUUCAUGUUCACGGCUGUCUAAUCAAACGGAUAAACUGCUCAGAACCCAAGACAAAACUUGUGUUUGCAGCUUAAAAGCCCAUCAACAGUCUGAAAUACUCCAUAAGAUCUAUAAACCAUUUUCUAAAGAAAGCAUUUACAUAUGCAUUAAGCAUAAAAGUCUUUUGAAACUACAGGAGUAAAGUACUGGAACUAAAGUACUAGCAGCAGCAUCAUGCAAUAUCUAAAGCUGGUGAACACUCUGUUGGGUUAGCUGGUUAAAGGCUCACCUCAGUACACACUGAGGAGCCCAGAGGAAGAUGCAGCUGGGAGAACACUAGCAAACCAGUCAGAGGAAUAAGUCCCCAAUCCAGCCCCUCCCAGGUCAUGCCAGGAGAGUGUUAGCUCCAUGGACUGGGAGUGAGACCCAGCACCACAAGUCAAUUGGAGAGCCUUUCUGGAGAACCUUGCAGACUGAGGAUGGAUACAGCCUGGA